AUGGAAAACCAGACAGCAGUGCAGGAGUUCAUUCUCCUUGGACUAACAAAAGACCACCAAAAGCAACACAUUCUCUUUCUAUUUUUUCUGCUGAUCUACGUAGCCAGCUUAUUGGGGAAUGGAGCCAUUUUGGCUGUAGCGCUGGCAGAACCAUGCCUCCACACCCCUAUGUACUUUUUUCUCGGCAAUCUCUCCUGGUUGGACAUAUGCAGUUCUACUGUUACUGUGCCCAAAAUGCUAAGUGGAUUCCUAGUGAAGCCCCAGGCAAUUUCUUUCAUUGGGUGCCUGACUCAGCUGCACUUUUUCCACUUCCUGGGAAGCAGUGAAGGCAUCCUCCUAGGUGUGAUGGCAUUCGAUCGUUGUGUGGCUAUCUGCAACCCUCUGCGUUACACCAUCAUCAUGAAUAAAUGGACUUGCCUUCUGCUGGCCGGGGCCACCUGGACUGCUGGUUUCUUUCAUGCCCUGAUGCAUACAGUUCUCGCUUCCCACCUCUGGUUCUGUGGCCCCAAUCAUGUCCAGCACUUCUUCUGUGACAUCAAACCCCUGCUACAAUUGGCCUGCAGUAGUACUGCCCUCAACCUCAGUCUUCUUAAUAUUGUCACUGGUUCCAUUGCUCUGGGCGCCUUCUUCCUCACCCUUCUCUCCUACCUCUACAUCGUAUCCUUCCUGUUCUUCAAAGUACAGUCCUGGAAGAGCCGUAGGAAAGCCCUCACUACUUGUGCCUCCCACCUGACGGUUGUGGCUCUCUUGUACGUUCCGGUGCUUUCCAACUACAUGCUUGCAUCUUAUGGUGAAUCGGCUGAAAGAGAGAUGAUCGUCACUAUAUUGUAUAGUGCAAUCACCCCAGUUUUGAAUCCUCUAAUUUAUACCCUUAGGAAUCAAGAGGUCAAAUUGGCUCUGAAAAAAAUGUUGACCAGGAAACAUCUGUCUGGAAGAACGUGA